AUGAACCAGCAGCCUGCCGCUCAAAAUAAGGAUCAGUCUCAAGCCCAAGAUGCAGCCGGGCAAGAGGUCUGGGAUGAGGCACGCCUCGAGGAAGCCAUGAAACGACUCAAGCUUCUACAUAUCAAGGUCCGACGAUUGAACGACACCAUCCCGAAGAUGAUCAAACCGCUCGUGCAGAAGCAACCUUCACCCGAUGUUAUGUUUGCGGCUUUCAUGACUUCAGUCAACGAAGCGCAGACCAACAUAAAGGAAGUCACCAACUUGAUGCGUGAUGAGACUAGCCAAGAGAUAUUUGACCAUGCCAACAAGAGAAGAGAAGAAGAGCCAUUAGGAAUCAAAACCUGGGAGUACUAUGACGACCCUAACUGGUUCAAAAUGGACGAGGAGUAG